UGAUAGCCUCACAUCCAACCUUCCCUCUUUACCAGCCUUCCAGCCGGCUAGGGGCAAAUGUACGAAGUAUCAUUCACUAGAUCACAGGGGCCAUUUAGUCAUUUACAGCCUGAAAAUAUUUCAAAUUACACCUCACUGACGAAGUCACUUAGCUUAGUAAUCCCAUUGCAAACUGGACUGAUAGGAUUCAUUCAAAUACCAGUAAACACUAGAUACAUGAUACUAGUUACAAUCCAGGUAGCAGUCGAUGUAAAUGCUAUGACUAAAUACCAAGUAUAUACGUGUUUCGUCCCAGUGUGUGACACAUCAGUAAACGGUUAUACUAAGACCAGAAUAACAGCACAUAAUGGUGGAAGAAACAAUAUAUCAUCUCUGUAGUAGGUAACAGAUUUAAUACAGCUGAGAAUAUUUA